CCACAAUAGGUGUUUAUACUGUGGUUGUUAGGCUAAUGAUAUUUUUGUUGUUUAAAAUACAUUGCUGUUUUCAAGCUUCCAAGUCACCUAUUUGUGGAAACAACUUCAACGAUAUGCCACUGAAUGAAACCAAUUACCAUUUUAAGUAAUUAAAUUAUAAUGUCAUUUUCUAUUCCAAAAAUCACCCAAAUUUAUCCUGCAAAACAUAAACCUCCAAGUGUGGUGCAUGAUGUACACCCUAGCAUAACCUUGGUCAAACCAGCUUCAACAAAUCCAAUACUAAGUUUGCCAACCAAGAUUCCUGAUGGGUUGCAUGUCUCUUUUCUACAACAAGGAAUUGCUUCAUAUAUUGACUCCAUUCAGGUGGUUUGUAAAACAGGAGCUUGGUUGGCUCAAACUUUAUCCCAACUGCUGGAAGAAACUGACCAUGAAACUUAUGCUGGGGAAGUUAAAAAUAAGUUUUUAAACAUGCUCAAAGCUUCAACAACAUUAAAUAUUCAAGCAAAAAAUAAGUUUGCUGGACUGCUAAUGGAACUGACUGUUCCAAAUCAGAAUAACAACAACCACCAUCAACUAAUGUCUUCUUGGAAACAAAUCAAUGCAAUGGUGCUGGAACGAUGCGUUUCAUGCUUGGAAAAUUUACAAGUAGCUGUCUUCUCAUCAUUUGUGUGUGACACUUCAGUGAUGACCAACAAGAUUUCAGAUGCCAAUAUUUCAAACCAGCCAUCAAACGAAUACAACACAAGAAAUAUGAACAAUAUUCAGUCAAUAUUGGAUUUGGAGUGGGAAAACUUACGAAACACGACUUGUGUUAAAUCUUGGGACCUAUCAAAAAAGAUGACAACUUCUUUGCGGGAAAGUACUGGCCUAACUGAAUCUGAAAUCCACCAUUUGCUCAAUACUUCUUCGGUAUCGGACAGUUAUGUACGUAAACUCAACCAAAGGAUAUCAUCAUCUCUAAAGAACUAUGAAGGCAAUGUUCGCAGCUUGGCUUUGCCAAUAAUAACAAUACAAGGAGCAUUUCACAUCGCACCCAACAAAGCAAAAUCUGUCUUACAUGGUUGCUGCAAUGUGAGGGAAAUGGAACAGGGUGUGCAGCAUUUACCAGUCUCCCAAUUUUUGGAUUGUGAGUUGCCGUUAAUCAACUUUAAGAUUGGGGAAAAAGUGCUGGUUGCUGGUUCAUCAGGAUCUCUUGAAAAUGCAAACUGUAAAAUAAAAACUGUCUCAAAUUUGAUCAAAAAAAUGAAUCCUGCCUUGUCUUCUGUGGAUGUGCGGAACUUGAGUCAUGAAGUUCUUGGUGAAUUAUGUCCUGCUCGAUGGAGAAACCAUGUUAAAACUUCGCUACAGUUGAUGUUUGGAAAUUCUGGCUUGGUUGUCCUUGAUACAGUUCAAAGUGAAGUAAAAUUAAGUUCUUUUAUCACAAGUAAAUCAACAUAUCUCAUCGCAGUUGUUCCCUCUACGUGGUGUGUAAAGGAAGAUCCUGGUACAAUGUUUCUUUUGCAUCGUAAAGUGGAUCCAGAUAAAACAAUUGUUAACAUAGGUGUAAGAUAUCUGGCUGUGUUUGAUACCCGGAAAACUUGUGACAACUACUUACAACCAGGUGUUUUAGUUGAAGUAAGCUUAAACAAUGCUUGCGGAAAACUACACAACAACACCUCAACAUUUUGGUUGGAUGGUAAUUUGAAUGAAGGUAACUUACAUACAAACGAAGAUUCAAAUCUAAAUGAUCAAUCUUCUGGAACUACUCAAGAUGCUGCCUCUGAUUCUGAGGAAGCUGUACAGGAUGCAAUUAAACUUUUGUCCGGAAGUUUAAAAAUAAGAAACGAAGAGAAAAUGGAAGUUGCUGAUGAAGAAAAAGACAAAGAUAACUCAGAAGAGCAAGUGAUAAACAAGCAAAAGUCAUCAAGUACACUACCUUUAGGUGAAGGGAACAAACAAAAUAAAGUUGAUUCUAAUCCAAAAGCAAAUACUAUUCCUACAACAAGAUCGUCCUCGGUUAACCAAGGACAUUUUUAUAAGAAGCAAAGCAGCCAUAAAUCCGCCUCUUUCACAGCCUUUGACAGAUCUCUUCAUAACUACAAUUCUGCUUCAACAUCCCCAAAGAUGUUGGCUUUGUCAACAAAUCAAAAUAUCUCCGAACCUUAUGUAACCCAAUCAAUACCUGGUCCAUAUAUGCAACAUAACGGACAACCGCACCAAAAUUUUAAUUCCGUUUCGAUGCCAGUAUUAUUCAGAUCACCUGUCCCUGUGCUUGUAAAUAGCCAACUAACACGGCCGGUGUCACCGCUGUGUUACUUCCCCCCACACCAAGCUAGUGUUGUUUCUCCACAAGGGGACAAUUUUAUACCUCGUCAGUUGUUUAAAUCCGCAUCAUCUGUUGAUUUUGGUACAAUACAUUCUCAGCAAAGUCACCAUGUACAGCAAGAGAAGCUACAUCAUAUACAGCAAAUGUUUGAAAACAAUCUCCCCAAUCAAGCAAUGUUUAAUGCUUCAAGUGAAAGCUUUAGAUCAAAUCAACCUAACAUAUCACCAUCUAUAUUACAAAGUAAAACUCAUUUACCAAGUUAUAAAGCAGAACAUUCCAUAAACAACCGAAGUGAAACGAAAACUCUUCAUGUUCAUAAUAAUGAGGUUUCAGUGGCAAGACAUGAAAGUUUAGGACCUAUAGGUAGUCCAGCUUCCUCACGAAGAGGUAAACCUGAAAAAUCUCAAAGUAAUACUUGGCCAUAUAAGGGAAAUGUCAGCAACAUCAUGUCCAAUGCAAACUGUAGUUCUGAAUAUGCCAAUUAUCUUGCACAAGUACAAUCACUAAACCAACAUGAACGAAUAGAAAACAGCCAAGCUAAUGCUAACAGAGAAUUGGCAAAUACAGGAAUGAAUUCAUUCGACAUAUUUUCCACACCAGAUUUAGUUCAACAUGUUAUUCCUAGGAAAUCAGCAUCCCUUCAAGAAAACAGUGAUUCAGCAGUAAAACAUUUUACUUCAACUGAUGAUCCAACAAUAAAAACAUGGGAGAUGUGGCCAAGUGUUUCUGUAGAAAGUCGUGGGAUGUGGAACUAAACAAGUGUUGCCUUUAAAUUUACUUAAAUCUUUCUAUUUGUCUGUCCAACAGUGUAUUUCUCAGCCCUUUUGCCACAACACCGAAAUCUGGUUACCAACUACAGUGAUUCACUUUUGACUUAAUUGUAAAAAAUCGUUUAUUUAUAAUCCAUAUAAUCCAUGCUUGCACAUACCGGUUUGAAUUGAAAUCUUGAAUUGCCCCUAUUAAGAGUUCAGCAGUUCAAGCUUAAUAUAUCUAGGUUGCCGGCAAAAGGGUUAAAUGCAUAAUAUUCUGUAUGCUAUAAUACUCAAAAUGAUAAACUCUUAUAGUUCACCAAACUACGGACUUCUUUUCAGGUUUUAAGCAAAACCAUAUUGUUUAUGUAUGGUUACAUUUUAACUAAUAGUUAAAAAUUAAUGCUUUAAAUGUGUAGUUGCUUAAAUUGUUUCAAAGUGAAGUGUAGGCUAGUGUCUUUUUUAUGUAUAAUGUAAAUCUAUGUUGCUUAAUUUUCGCAGCUGGCUGCAGUGUGCAAUCUUUAAAUAUGUGUACAGCCUCUGAGAGGUGUUUUGUCUCUUGGAAAUUUAAACAAAUAAAUUGUUUACAAACCAA